AUCUAUUCGUCGAAGUCGAGUUCUCUAUAAUCAACAAAAACUUGGCAAGUGGCGAGAUCCAAGAUCGUCCUGUGCUUAUGACGGAAGUUAGAUACAGGGGCGGCUGUUGUACCCCGUUGAACAUAUUCUCCGCCCUCACAUGUCCAGGUAAAGCUACUACGUAUGGUACUUUAAGUUAGUUAGGUACCUAGUUGGCGCGGGCUUAGCGGACGUAACGGACAUAGCGUUGUGCCAGGAGUUUCGUUUAAUGCCUGGCCGACAACGAUGGCCGAGUUCAAAACUGUUCAUUAGAAGAGAUUCCUACUCUUAUCAAGACAUUGUACGAACCUCGCUUGUGCCUAUAUCACCACACUAAGGCAGGGGUCUCGGUGAGAAGAACAGACGCCGGCACGAUAACACCAUCACGACAACGUCAACACCAUCACGAUAGCGACGGCACCAUGGCGUCGUACCUCAUCACUGGAGCCAGCCGUGGCCUAGGGUUUGAGAUGGUGAAAGCAUUGCUGCAGAAGCCCGCCAGCGAGGUUUCCACCGUCUUCGCCGCUAUCCGCAGUGUCCCUCCUCCGGCUCUGGAGGAAGUCAUUGCUCAGUCACAGGGUCGCGUGGUGGUGGUGAAGCUCGAGGUAUCAGACGAGGCCAGCAUUGCCGCCGCCGCAAACGACGUCAGAGACAAGCUGGCUGGCCGUGGGCUCGACGUCCUCAUCAACAAUGCUGCCAUUGCGAGCAUGACGCCCACCCCUCUGACCGCGGCAACAACCUUGCAGAACGCGUUCAAGGUCAAUGUCGAUGCUGUCCACCGGAUAACCGUGGCAUUCCUUCCGUUACUGAGAGAAGGCACCAAGAAAACAGUGCUGAAUGUGAGCUCGAUUGUCGGAUCAAUUACACACACCAAGAGAUUCAUGAUCUCUCCUGACCAUGGCUAUCGUGUCUCCAAGGCCGCACUCAAUUGCCUGACGUCCAUCUUCGCCUGCGAAUUAGAGGACGAAGGCUUUACCUUUGUCGCUGUCUCUCCCGGUUGGUGUCGAACGGACCAGGGUGGACAAUACGCAGACCUCGAUGCCCAAACCGGCGGAGUGGCGCUGCUUGAGGUGCUCGACAAGGACAGGUCCGAGCUGAAUGGGAAGUUUGUGAAUAUCAAGGUAGCCGGCUGGGAGAAUGCUACUGGACUCCACCAGUAUGACGGCGCGGAGAUUCCAUGGUAGGAGAAGUAAUAAAUCCUUCUGUACCAACGCCCUUCGUGUGAUAGACCCGCGUCUUGGAUUGGUCUGAGUCUGGCGAGCUCCCCGUGUGCAUCGGUAUCAAGAGCUAGAAUCCCGAUACCGACAUUACGCAAGCCAGAUCAACCGAUCUAUCUUAUCUUGCGUAUGGUACGAGUAAAGGCUGAAUAUUUUCCUA